CUUGUUCAAACAAUUUAGGUAUUUAUCAAACGAAACGAGCGGCCAAAGAAAGUGGUGGAUGAAAAUUUUCGAACUCAGGAUUAGCGGGUGGUUGGGAGGCCCGCGCGGACGAGUUCUGCGAAGUAAGCAGCGUCAACGCCCGGCCAGCCUAUGACCCCUCCAUAAAUUCUUGCGCCACUUACAAAGGACGCGGCAACCGGCUCUCACCGUUUGCUUUGUUUUCCUUACUCAUUAGUUUAAGGCAAGAUUUAGGGUUCCCUGGUUGCCUUAAUUUAUACACUAUUUCCAUCACCACUCCUCUUCUCCUUUCCGGUGUGGGAUUUACAACUGCAUAUGUCUUUCGUUUUUUUAAGGCUGUGUUCAACGAGAGUUAUAGAGAGAUGCCCGCCCAAGCAUAGAACCAGCUUUCCUUCGGUCCUUCUUCCAUCAUUUUCUUUAAUCAAGCUGCAGAUGAUCUUGGAGACUCUGAUCUCUCUCUGCUAUGUGUCCAAAUUUAGAGGGGCUACGGACAAUGAAAAACGGGUAACACGAGGAAAUUCUAAUUCCAGUCUUGCCGACAGAGGAGAUGUAGGGAUCAAUGGCUUAGGCGAGGACUCUGUAGAUUCCAAAGGAAGCUAUACUCCUUGCCCUGCGAAUUGAUAAUGAAAAUUGGAAACUUAUGUCAUCAACAUUCCGUUGACGAAAGUAGCUGAGUUUGGAUAACAUCUUCAUAGCCCAUCUAUUCAAGAAGUCUUCUUUAAUGGGCUGUCGGAAAAACUGUUUACUCUUGGCAUCAGGUGAAGACAUCCAUGGAUCUGGUGACUUGUCUUUUGGGUAGUGUUAAAAAGGAGAAUGAGAAGAUCAAGCCAAUUGGUAAAAUGUUGGCGCAGCGUGUGUCUAUGAGAUGUGCUAACACGCUUAAGCUUUAAGUCAGACAUGGUGAAAAAUCUAGAGAAAAGGGUCAAAUAAGGACUUUUAAAAGAAGCAAAUGAGUUCUUAUGACCUGCAAACAACCUUCUAAUCCCGGUUAUUGCUUAUGUGGCUUUUUUAGCCAAUCUUGGCUAUCUUUUACCACGUCAUCUGCCGUAGAGGUUUUAGUUUUUCAAAUUUAGACAUGUCGGUGAAAAACAGAGAUCGGUCGUCUGCUUCUACUAGGUUUUGGUAAAAGAUGAAUUUCGCAAUUGGCGACGACAAGAUUGAGAUUGAUUCGAUUGAUUCUUCCGCUUCGCUGCUUGGGUUGGGAUUUGCUUCAUUCAUCUACGUGUACUGAUUGUGAAGGGAAAAUAAGGUAAUGUACUAUCUUAAAUUCAUAAUCUUUGGUAAUAUUUAAUUGGGAAUGAUUUUGGAAAAAAAUGGUAUAUCUUUCUUUUUACGUGAAAUGUUUGACGUGUAAACAGUUUACUAGCUUCUUUUUUGCAUUAAAAUUCAAAAUUACAUUUAUAUGUUUCUUGCAGUAUUUUUUGGGGGGGUUGAGUAUUUUAUUUUAGUUUCUUGCAGAAAAACAUUUUUUUGCUGUUUGGUAUGUGUAUAGUGACUGAUUCGAAUAUCAAAUAGCCUACUACAUGAAAUGAGCAUAAAAUGUAUUUGGCAUUAUUUUGAUUAGAAUAUUUUUGGAAGCCGAUCUAAAAUUACACCAUGUUUUGAAUAUUCCGAGUUAGGGAAAAUCAACAUAAAGAUAAAUGUUAACAGUAUAGGGGAGAAACCAUUUGAAAAGCAUACUGAUUCUGAGUCGUAAACCAUUUGAAAGGGACUGGAAUUUUGUAUAGGUUAUACCUCCUGGAAAUGAUUACUUUCUGAACUUAAACUCAGCUAGUCAGGUUUACUGGUUUGGCUUAAAACAACAGAUAAGGGCUUAGGUGAGGCAAUGUGCUGCUGGAGUUCAAUGACCUUAUAUGAUAAUUUAACAAGUUUAGUUGAGUUAGUGUAGUUAUCUAACAAUCAUCAUUAACAUUUUAUCAUAUUAAAAACAGGUAAUCAUCCACAUUUUAUCUAACCACAAGAAGAAAAACUUCUUGUUUCAUUUUGAGAAUUUGAGCUGAAUCUGCAAGGGUGAAUUUGGCUGAAAUUAUGUUUCAAAGUCUUGGUUAAGUUGCUGAGUUAAGUCAAAUAAACUAAUGUUUCAAGUAUUAACUUACAGUUUACAAGUUAAUAAGUAUACUGAUUACUUUUAAGUUAAGUUUAUAAGUAUACAAUGAGUUCACAGUAUUCUAAGGCAGUUUACUAACUUAUAUGUACCAGAGUUUGAACUAUUUAUCUAUUCUUUGAGGUCCUUGAGUGCGAGAAUAAUGCUUUUGGAAGAGCUCUGCUGAAGUUCACAGGUUGUAUUGCAGUCAUGUUAUCUCAUGUGGCUGAGGCUCUUAAAGUUUAUUCUGCAAGUUUGACUCAGAUUUGGUUACGAAGCUGCAAAGGAGCUCUUCAGGCGAUUGGAUCUCCAGGUGAUUUGGUUACCAACACCCCUUCAAAAGAAUAGGGUGUAUGAAUAGAAUAUAUGCAGGCAUUCAAACCUGAGCAUUUUCAUCAUAAUAUAACAUUUUCACACAAAUUGUUCUUCAAAUAAGAUGCAAAGAAGUGGGCUUAAAAGCAGGUAUUCUUCAAAUCAAACAACACCAUCAACAUUACAGAGACCAAAUCAGAUAAUGUGAGAUUAAAACAUUAUAAAUCGGACUACAAGUGAGACAAAAUGUUCAAGCAUAAAAGCUCCAUCAGACUUCAACUUGAGACAACUAUCAAGCAUAAUACAGGGGCCUAGAAUUGUUGCAUUGGAGGUUGUUACACUUCAGCCAGCUGCAUCAGACUUCAACAUGAGACAACUAUCAAGCAUAAUACUAGGGCCUACAGCAUGUUUCCCCUAUGCUUCAUACUCCGGUUUGCAUGUAUGUUCUUGGAACACUUUCUAUGCUCGAAAUUAUGAAAAAGUUACGUGAUUAACCAAUCACCCUCACCAAACCAUGCACAGAAACACACCAUUUAAUGCUUAAACCGACAACUUGAAGUUGAACUUUAAUUUUAAACCAGAUUGUUUUAGCUUUUAAAUUUGAAGUUCAAGUUUAAAGUUUCA